AUGAACCUAAAAAUAAAAAUCGCAAUAGCGAUUCUGGCCUUUAUUCACAUCUCGCUGGCUAUUGCAAGAAAAUCGACAGAUGGCGUGGCCCACCACCGACUGGUCCGUCUGCAUACAAUGCUCAUCACAUCCACCGUUAUGUUGACCUCCUCCUAUUAUAUGUGGAAGAGGAUCAACUUUUCGAUCAAAAAGCACAAACCUCACAAAUCCGAGAGUGAGAUCUCUAUUGCGAAUAACUUAGAAAGUGAUACUGAUUUCGCAAUAACGUCUCUACUUCCCAGCCCAAACCCAGUUGGAAAUCGACGACUCCGACUGUUAUGUUUGCAAGAUGUUACUCAAGCACUUUUGUUGCUGUUCUUGUUCCUCUCUCAUAUUGCUCUCUUCUUUUACUACAUUUUAUUGGGUCCGGAACCGAAUGUCAUCGCCAUCACGGCUUUGAGCUUCAUUGCUUGCUACGCGCACAUUCUGAUUUUCUUGCUAAUAGCGGACAUCCUUUACUACUCGACACGGAUUAUCCAUAACAGAGUAUCUGCAAAUUCUGUGCAUACAUAUCUUCAUGAAAACCGAAGCUUCCAUAUCAUGUUGGCUGUUAUCCUUGGAUUCAUGUUCAUGUUUGGUGGCCUCUACACUACACACACUGACCCAAUUGUGAGGGAAGCAAGCAUUCCAAUGAACAAGUUCCAAACAAGCGGUGGAAAUGUCUCGAUUGCACUCCUAUCUGACAUCCACAUCGGUCCAUCUGUGGGACGGACUAGAAUCGCAAGGAUAGUAGAGAUGACGAAUGCUCUGAAGCCAGACAUAAUCGCUAUUGCUGGUGAUCUUGCCGACGGACUUGUUCGAGACUUCCAUGGAGCCGCUGAACCAUUGUGCAAUUUGAAAGCUCCAGGAGGUGUCUAUUUUGCAACAGGAAAUCAUGAGUACAUGCAUGGAAACGUCACAGAAUGGUUCUGGUUCCUGGAAAAUUGCAAUAUAACGAUACUUCACAACCAAAAUAAGCAUAUUACGAUAAAUGGACAACAGAUGUGCAUGGCAGGCGCUGACGAUAUCUAUGCUGUUCAUGCUCAUGUUCCUGGUCAUGGAAUGGAUUUGAAUAAGGCUUUAUCAACGUGUGAAUCUGAUUCCACUAAUGUUCUUCUUGCUCACCAACCGAAUGCGGCAAAGGUGGUACUUAAUGACAGAAAUUUGAGCAAGAAAGUAAACCUAAUUCUGUCCGGUCAUACUCAUGGAGGUCAGAUGUAUCCAUUUGUGCCAAUUGUCCAUAUUGCAAACGCUUUUGUGAGGGGUCAAUACUACGACAAGAAAACGGACACCUACGUGUAUGUCAGUGCUGGCGUCAACUACUUUGGCCCUCCAAUCAAAAUUUUCGGAGGUUGUGAGAUCAUCUUCAUCACAAUGAAUUCAAACCCAUAG